AUGCGUAGUAAGCAUCCUGCAAGUGCGCCGUCUCCUCUCCCUAACGUCCAUGUUACCAACUAUGGGCACAUCAACUCGCCCGGUGACGACAUCCGGGGCAACGAAGACGCCGGCGACGAAGAUCAUGACGAUGAGGACGAAGAGGACUGGCCGGAAAACGGCCACGACGACAGCGCAUCUGGUGACGAGGUGCCUGCCGGAGGCAUCGACGAUGACGACUGGUGGAUGCAGCCGAUAGGCUCCGGCGACGAUGUGGAGGCGUGGCACGCCGGCGACGAUGACGAUGACGGAGGCGCGGAUGCGGUUGCUGAUGCGGCGGCCGAAACAGGCGCAAAUACGGCUGCUGUUGUGGUGGCGGAGGCGGGUGAUGGCCGUGAUGCUGUCUUCUUCGAAGGCGAGGACGACGCGAACUACCCAUGGCGCGUCUCGUCAGAUGAUGACGUGCCUCUGUUGAAGAGGCGGCUGCAUCACCGCUUAGGCGUGUCCCGGAAAAAAACCCGGGUGCUGCUCUCGGACGACGACAGCCCGGAUGAGGAGCGGCGACCCCGCGUCCCUGCUGCUGACAAGGGGAAGGCUAAGGUGGUGGAGGUUCCUGCUAAGGUCGCCCCUCGCGUCGGACAGAGCAAGAAGAAGUGGAAGGACGAUGGCGGCCCGGGCUCAAGCAAAGGCGCGAAGAGGCAGAAGAAGAAGGCUGUCAAGAACAAAGACGACAUCUUGGUCAACGAGGCGCAGGGCAGUGACGACGACUACGCGGAGGCUGCAGGCCCCAUGCCUUCAUUCCCUGAGAAGGCGAAGCCAAAAGACCCCGCCAUCUGUAAUGCUAACUCCCGCCCCCCUUCCCCACGCAGUCGCGGGAUUAAGAGGACCAGGCGGAGCUGGUCCUGGAUAGCGGAGGCGUGGGAUCAAGUCCCUAGGCAGGUGAUCAUUGACGCGUUCCGUCACUGCGGCAUCUCAAGCAAGCUGGAUGGGACCGAGAACCAUCUGGUGAUGUCCCACCUGCGCGCCAGGAGCACCACCGAUGUCACCGAAGACAUGUGCCUCGGGGGCACCACGGGCGACAACACGCGCCUGCUUGGGAAGGCUCCCGAGGAGGAGGAAGAGGAGGAGGAGAUGCAGGCGGAGGGCGUGAAAGAGGUGGCCGUGGCCACCUGCCUGGAGGUGCUGUACCAGGAGACCCCUCACUACCGGGGAGCGGCGGCCGAGGCUGACCGCAUGAUCGAGCCCGUGCAGACAGACAUGUGCCUCGGGGGCACCACGGGCGACAACACGCGCCUGCUUGGGAAGGCUCCCGAGGAGGAGGAGGAGGAGGAGGAGAUGCAGGCGGAGGGCAUGAAAGAGGUGGCUGUGGCCACCUGCCUGGAGGUGCUGUACCAGGAGACCCCUCACUACCGGGGAGCGGCGGCCGAGGCUGACCGCAUGAUUGAGCCCGUGCAGACAGCCAGGCACGCCUGGCGAGUGCCAGACUUGGGGAUGCAGGAGCCACCAUCUACUAGUGCAGAUGAGGAGGGCGUAACUGAGGGGGGCUAG